AUAAAUAUAGCCUCUAAGCACACAACUCAACUCAACUAAAGAAACUGGGAAUGAAAAUGGAGAUAAUAAGUUGGGUUUGGACGACUGGUGCCACAUUGUUGGCAUGGUACUUUUUGUUAAACACAUUGGGGAGAAGGAUCAAUGAAUGGUAUUAUGAUUUCAAGUUAGGAGACAAGCAUCGUCUUCUUCCUCCUGGUGACAUGGGUUGGCCUCUUCUCGGCAAAACAUUGCACUAUUUCAAGCACCCUCAUUUAUUUGUCCACAAUCUUGUUUCCAAAUAUGGAGAAAUUGGAAUGUACAAGACACACUUGUUCAUGAAGCCAACUAUCGUGGUGUCCAGUCUAGAGGCCUCAAGGAGAGUGUUAACUGACGAUAAAAACUUUAGGUCUAGUUAUCCUGAAACCGCCAUAACAGUGGUUAAAACGAUCUUAUCUGAAGUGUCAAGCGAGGAUCGCAAGCGUUUUCGACGCUUAGUCACUUCCCCCAUUCUGGGUUACAAUGCUUUGGCCAUGUUUCUUGAACGCAUAGAGGACAUUGUUGUCAAUUCACUCCAACGAAUGGCCAAUGAUAGCAUACAACAUCCUAUUGAGGUCAUCACGGAGACCAAGUCUCUCUCCAUGAGAGUCAUCCUUCACAUCUUCAUGGGAUCUAAGGAUCAAAACAUAAUCAAGCAAGUUGAACAUUUGUUUAGUGAUAUUGAUGAUGCCUUGUUCUCUUGGCCAAUUAACUUACCUGGUUUUUCUUAUUACAAAGCUCUCAAGAACCGCAAGAAGAUGGAAAAAAUAGUUGGAUCCUUUGUGCAAGAUAGAAAGAUGAUGUUAAAAAAUGGUGAAGUAUUAUCAGAGAAGAAAGAUCUUGUGGAUGUUCUUUUGGAACUGGAAGAUGUGAAUGGUCGAAAAUUAAAGGAUGAAGACAUUGUUGACUUGUUGAUAUUAUUCUUAAUAGCUGGUCAGCAGACUACAGCCAGCACUAUAAUGUGGGCAAUGAUUUAUCUUACUAACAAUCCACUUGUCUUCAAGAAAGCUAAGGAGGAGCAAGAAGAAAUCAUGAAGUCAAGGUCACCUUCGCAACAAUAUAUAAGUAUUGAGGAAAUUAAGAAAAUGGUUUAUCUAAGUAAGGUAGUUAACGAAGUGUUACGUGUGACCGAUUUUUCGUUUCUACUUUUUCGAGAGGCGACUGCUGAUGUGAAUAUCAAUGGUUAUACCAUACCCAAAGGAUGGAAAGCAGUAAUUUUACCGAAAACUUGUCAUAUGUCUUCUCAAUAUUUUACCAAUCCAAAAAAUUUUGAUCCUUCCAGAUGGGAUGAUGAUAAUAAUAAUAAUAAUAAUAAUGCAAAUCGAGAAGCCUUCAUUCCUUUUGGAGCUGGAACAAGGAUGUGCGCUGGAAGAGAUCUCACCAAAAUUGAAAUGCUCAUCUUUCUACAUCAUUUCGUUCUUAAUUACAAGUUUGAGCAAAUAAAUCCAGAAUGUCCUGUCUCUUACCUCCCACUACCCGUGCCUAAAGAUAAUUGUCUUGCUAAGGUCGCAAAAUACUUUAUAUCCCUUGAGAUAUAUGAUAAAAUAAUGGAAGGAUUCGGAUGA